CAGUGACAGCUGCCUCUGGCCAUCAUUUUUGUCCUUAACUGUGAACUGGAUUCUCCCAGCUAUCCAAUAGGAUCUUUGAAAACAGCUUCUUUCUUUCUUUUUUUGACAAAAUGAGGAUUUUCAUAGCUUUUGAGGGAUCUUUUGAACCAUUUGAUGUUUCAGCAGAUGAAACUGUGGAGGCUGUCAAGCUGAUGAUAAAGGAUUAUUUCCACAUUCCUCUCUCUGAAGAUGAACAAGGCAGGAGGUAUCUGGAGCUGAUGUACGCUGGAGCAGCCCUAAAGGACAGCUGGAGUCUUACUGAUGUUGGAAUAUCUUUUUGUUCAACUCUCAAAUGCUUUGUUAAGGAAGAAGAAAAGCCCACUCUCUGCCUGUUCAAUGCUGUGACCCAAGAGACAAUGCCCAUUAUGGAGAGCAUUUCCCUUCUUGGUAAAAAAGUGUCUGAUCUGAGAACACUGAUAGCUCUGAGAUGUGGAUUCCCUGUGAGUGUCUUCUGUCUUCGGACCCCAGAGGGACUGGAGAUGUACGACUGCAACACGCUCAGGGACUACCAGACAGACCUCGGCACGACACUUCGCUUGGAUGUCUGGGAUGGAUGGAAGGGAUUUCUGAUGGGCUGUCUCCUCGGACAAAAACUUAAAGUCCAACGCUAUUUAUCAAAUGAAGGACCAGUACUCAAGUAUCAGAAAAGGGUUGCCCUGUACAUCGCCGCCUUUUACAGGCACACUGAGCUCACUGAAUGGGCCCUGAAGCAGGGUGUGCGGCCCCACGAGAUGGUCGGCGUGCACCCCUACCGAGCUUGGUGCCAUGAAGCCCUUCACGCAGAUGUCUCUAAAUGCCCCAUUCAUGCAGCCGCAGAAGCGGGCCAACUGUUGAUUCUGAAGGCUUUUGUCAACUGCAGCGUGCUGUGCCUGGAAUGCAAAAACGCAGCGGGACAAACUCCCCUUACCAUUGCGUUCAAACACAAGCAUGAAGACUGCGUAUUAUAUUUACUGAGUAAAAUGUGGUCCACUGUUUCUUUUCUGAAAAUCUCAGUCCCCAUGAGGAUUUAUAUUAAAAUAAAACAAUGGGUACUCAGAGCUCAGAGUCACAACCUUAAUAAAAGCCAGCUUUGCAGAGCAAGGGUCUUUGGAGCAAAAGUUGGAGACAUUGUGAUGGUGGAUGGUUUCACCAAACCCAAAACGACCUCCAAGAGCUGGCAUAAGGCUGAGAACAAGGACUCACAAGGCACUGUGGGCAAACUACCGCCUCUCAGGGAGCAAACUGUAAGCAGGAAACGUGUCAAUCCUGUGGCAAUUUCACAGCAGGACACAAGAGAACAAACACUCAAAUUUCUUCCGCUGGUAGAUGCAAAUACAUUCUUUGAAUUACAAAAACAACAAAAUCGGAAAAAUAUUACUGCCACAGCUAGGAAAAAAGAAAAGCUCAUAAAAAAUACAUAUCUCCCCCAAGUCCCCCUCCCUCCAGUUUCAAGAGUGAGCUAUUCACACCCAUCUUUUUACUAUGCAACACCCAGUGCCAACUUUUUACUCAGAUCCUCCUUUGCAUCUUUCUCAGAGCACAGUGGAAGGACUCCAAGGGAGAAUGCCAUCUACUACUUAGCUGUGGCCAGUGCCUUUAAAGAGAAACGACGGCUUCAGCAGUUAGGAACAGCAAGAGUCCUAGCGAAAAAGAGCAUUUCUAACCUGACUACCCAAGGAGGCCUGACAGCGUGUGAAAAUCCUCCGGAAAUUUUGCUUUGAAAAGUCAUGACAAUCCCAGUUUGGGUGAAGACCUGGUCAAAUAGAACUUCUAGUUCUAAUGCUAACAUUUCUAAUAACAGUUCUAAUGUUGGAAUUUCUAAUAACAGUUCUGACGCUACAUGACUAUCAACAGGUUAUUUAAUGUUUAACACCAUGUUUCCUUGGACUCCAUCACGCAAAGUGAAAAUUUAGGGCAUUUGUUUUUGCAUAAAGAGUCUGAGGAAGAAUUCAUAAGAAACUAAGAAUAGUAGUUGCCAACAGGGUAGGGCAACUGGGAAGGUGGGAAACGAGGACAUGAGCAAGAAUGUUUACUUUCUCUUAUUUUUGCUUUCCUGGGAUUUUUAAAAAUACUUUUUGUUUCUUAAACCAUAUGAAUGUAGUACAUAGUAAAAAAUUAACUUAAAAAAAUUCUAUAUAGGGCAAGUCCCUAGGAGAGUUAUAAAUACCAUCUAAGUCUAAUACUGGUCUCAGACAUCUUUUGAAUUUCUGCUAAAACACUGCUUACUAUUAAUUUUUAAAAAUUGAGGUAGAGGGCUUCCCUGGUGGCACAGUGGUUAAGAAUCCGCCUGCCAAUGCAGGGGUCACGGGUUCGAGCCCUGGUCCGGGAAGAUCCCACAUGCUGCGGAGCAACUAAGCCCAUGCGCCAUGGCCGCUGAGCCUGUGCUCUAGAGCCCAUGAGCCACAACUACUGAGCCCGUGUGCUGCAACUACUGAAGCCUGUGUGCCUAGAGCCUGUGCCCCCACAACAAGAGAAGCCACCGCAAAAAGAAGCCUGCAUGCCACAACUACAGAAAGACUAUGCACAGCAACAAAGACACAAUGCAGCCAAAAAUAAAAAUAAAUUUAAAAAAUAAAUAAAUUUAUUUAAAAAAAUUGAGGUAGAGUUUUCAUACAGUAAAUUGCAAAGAUCUUAAAUCAACGGCUUUAACUAAUAUAUACAUCUGUGUAACU